GGGAACCACGCCGGCUCCCCAGCCUCAGUUCCCGGAGCCGGCGCGGACCUUUCAACCAGAGCUCUGUUAGUUCUUAGGCCGAGACUGUAGCCAGCGAUGGAGGUGGCGGCUAAUUGUUCCCUACGGGUGAAGAGGCCUCUGCUGGAUCCCCGCUUCGAGGGUUACAAGCUGUCUCUCGAGCCGCUACCGUGUUAUCAGCUGGAGCUUGACGCAGCUGUGGCAGAAGUAAAACUUCGAGAUGAUCAAUAUACCUUGGACCACAUGCAUGCUUUUGGAAUGUAUAAUUACCUACACCAUGAUUCAUGGUACCAAGAUAGUGUCUACUACAUUGAUAACCUUGGAAGAAUCAUGAAUUUAACAGUGAUGCUGGACACUGCUUUAGGAAAACCACGGGAGGUGUUUCGACUUCCUACAGAUUUGACAGCAUAUGACAAUCGCCUUUGUUCAUCUAUCCACUUCUCAUCUUCCUCGUGGGUUACGUUGUCAGAUGGUACUGGAAGACUGUAUGUCAUUGCAACAGGUGAACGUGGAAAUAGUGCUUCUGAGAAAUGGGAGAUUAUGUUUAAUGAAGAGCUGGGGGAUCCCUUUAUUAUAGUUCACAGCAUCUCAUUGCUGAAACCUGAAGAACAUUCAAUAGCUACCCUACUUCUUCGAAUAGAGAAAGAGGAAUCGGAUUUCAAAGGAAGUGGUUUCUAUGUUUCUUUGGAGUGGGUCACUAUCAGUAAGAAAAAUAAAGAUAAUGAAAAAUAUGAAAUUACUAAGCGUGACAUUCUCCGCGGGAAGUCAGUGCCACAUUAUGCUGCUAUUGAGCCCAAUGGAAAUGGUCUGAUGAUUGUCUCCUACAAGUCUUUCAAAUUUGUUCAGGCUGGUCAUGAUCUUGAAGAAACUAUGGAAGAAGACAUGCCAGAGAAAAUCAAAGAACCUCUGUAUUACUGGCAACAGAGUGAAGACGAUGUGACAGUAACAGUGCGGCUUCCCGAAGACAGUACUAAGGAAGACGUUCAAGUACAAUUUUUACCUGAUAACAUCAGCAUCAUGCUGAAGGGUCUCCAAAUUUUAGAAGGAAAACUAUUUUCAUCUGUUGAUCAUGAAAGCAGUACAUGGAUAAUUAAAGAGAAUAAUAGCUUGGAGAUUUCCUUGAUUAAGAAGAAUGAAGGACUCACAUGGCCAGAGCUAGUGGUUGGUGAUAAACAGGGGGAACUUUUAAGAGACGCAGCCCAAUGUGCUGUAAUUGCUGAGCGUUUGAUGCAUUUGACUUCUGAGGAACUGAAUCCAAAUCCAGAUAAAGAAAAACCUCCUUGUAAUGCUCAAGAGUUAGAAGAAUGUGAUAUUUUCUUUGAAGAGAGUUCUAGUUUAUGCAGAUUUGAUGGCAGUUCAUUGAAAACUACUCAUGUGGUGAAUCUUGGGAGCAACCAGUACCUUUUCUCUGUCAUAGUGGAUCCUAAAGAAAUGCCCUGCUUCUGUUUGCGCCAUGAUGUCGAUGCCCUUCUCUGGCAACCUCGCUCUGGCAAACAAGAUGAUAUGUGGGAACACAUAGCAACCUUCAAUGCUCUAGGUUAUGUGCAAGCAUCAAAGAGAGACAAAAAAUUUUUUGCCUGUGCUCCAAAUUACUCCUAUGCUGCCCUUUGUGAGUGCCUUCGCCGAGUAUUCAUCUAUCGCCAGCCUGCUCCCAUGUCUACUGUGCUCUACAACAGAAAGGAAGGCAGGCAUGUAGGGCAGGUUGCUAAGCAGCAAGUUGCAAGCCUAGAGACCAAUGAUCCUAUUUUAGGCUUUCAGGCAACAAAUGAGAGAUUAUUCGUUCUCACGACCAAAAACCUCUUUUUAAUAAAAGUAAAUGCAGAGAAUUAACUUCUUCAACAUGUUAGCAGGCUAUAAUAGAAAGCAUUCAUUGGUACCUAGAGGAUUAAGCAGUUGUACUGUGUAACUUGUUACGUUUUCAUGUGUUAAAUAAAAAUAUCUUGAAUGAAUUUUUAUUUUUUAAAUGAUAUUAGAAAUAUAGUUAAAAGAUUAUGAUUCUGUAAAAGCUGUAAAAUGAAGCUACAGAUUUGGGAAAUAUUGGCUUCUAUAAAAAACAUAAAGAUAGUAUUGGCUAGUGUAAUUAUUUUUAAAAUAUAGAGGCUAGAAUCUUUUAUAUGAAACAUGUACAGUUUAGUGUUUAAAAAUAAAAAUAUUUAUCAUAUACUUAAUAU